CCCAAAUCGAAGUGAUCCCGUGCAAGAUCUGCGGAGACAAGUCCUCAGGGAUCCACUACGGCGUUAUCACCUGCGAAGGCUGCAAGGGAUUUUUCCGGAGGAGCCAGCAGAACAACGCCAGCUACUCCUGCUCCCGGCAGAGGAACUGCCUGAUCGACCGCACCAACCGCAACCGCUGCCAGCACUGCCGCCUGCAGAAAUGCCUGGCGCUCGGCAUGUCCCGCGACGCGGUGAAGUUCGGCCGCAUGUCGAAGAAGCAGCGGGACAGCCUCUAUGCCGAGGUGCAGAAGCACCAGCAGAGCCAGGAGCAGAGCGGAGGCGCCAAGGAUGAGCCUGAGCCUCUGAGCCGCGUCUAUACCACCAGUGUCAGCAGUGGGCUCUCGGACCUAGACGACAUCUCCACGCUGGCCGAUGCCACGCUCAGCAAGCAGGGGUCCAUCUACGAGCUGAUGCUGGAGCCAGCCCUGUUCGCGCACGGCGCGCUGGAGGGUGCUCAGCUGGCUGCUGAUAUCUCUGUCCUCGAGAUCG